GUAGGGAAGUGACGCAGAUCUUGUGACGCCAUUCGCGAACCGCGCGGGAAACUGAUGUGAAGUUUAUGCUGCGGGGAAGGAGCUCUAUACCUCAAAAGCUGACAAAAUAAAACCAUUUGCUUCUCAUGAUAAACAUCUGCUAAAGAAUAGAGAAUGUCUGUAACACUGCAGUGUCCCGGUUAUCCUGAGGACACACUGCGCUCUUUGGCUGACAGGCUGCCAUGCAGAGAGACACAGCUGACGUCACUGCUGUCACUCAUGGGACAGCCAGAUCAAUACAGUUAUCCUUCAAUCUUCAUUUAUGGCCACAGAGCAACAGGAAAGAGUCAUGUGGUGCUCUCCAUCAUGAAAGAUCUGGAGCUCCCCCAUGCAUCAGUGGACUGUGUAGAGUGUGUGUCCAGUGGGCAUCUCUUUUACCAGGUGUUGUCUGCCUUUUUUGGGCCUGAUGCUGCAGCAUUGCUUCCCCGUUGCCCAUCUCUGUCAGAUUUUGUGCGGCUGUACAAACAGAUGAGCUCCAACUCACCUGCCUCUCAAACACGCUAUAUAAUUCUGGACAGAGCUGAACGCAUGAGAGAUAUGGAUUUCAGCCUUCUUCCUGCUCUUCUGCGCCUACAGGAACUGGUAAAUGAUAAUGUGACGGUCAUCUUGCUCAGCGAAAUUGUGUGGGAAAAGUUUCGGCCCAACACCGGCUGCUUCGAACCUCUGCUUUUUAAUUUUCCAGACUACAGUAAAGCGGAGCUCGUGCAGAUUCUGUCUCAGGAUCAUCACCCAUCCUACACUCCUGAGCUCUACGCUUCCUACAUAAACAUCCUGCUGGGGGUCUUCUUCUCAGUAUGCAGAGAUCUAAGAGAGCUCAGGCACCUGGCUGUCCUGAAUUUCGCAAAGUUCUGUGAACCCCUGGAGAAAGGAGAAGCCAGAGAGAGUGAUAUUCACAAGUUAUGGAAAAACAUUGAGCCCCAUCUGCAGCGAGCCAUGCAGACGGUUUACCUCAGAGAGGUGUCCAGCAUGCAAUGGGAGCAGCAGCAGAUGGACGAGAAGGAGGCCACGACCCUCAGAGGUUUAUCAGCACAUGCUCACAUAGAGCUGCCGUAUUACUCCAAAUUUCUGCUGAUUGCUGCGUACCUUGCGUCAUUUAACCCUGCUCGCACCGACCGCCGCUUCUUCCUCAAGAGUCACGGGAAAAUAAGAAAAACUAAUUUCUUGAAGAAACAUGAGAAGACUAGUAACCAUCUGUUGGGACCGAAGCCUUUUCCUCUCGACAGACUGUUGGCCAUAUUCUACAGUGUGGUUGAUAGCAGAGUUGCACCUACAGCCAGUAUCUUCUCACAGAUUUCGUCUCUAGUUACUCUGCAGCUUCUCUCUCAGGUGGGGCAUGAUGAUCAGCUGGACUCACCCAAAUACAAAUGUGCAGUUUCACUGGACUUCAUUAUUGCAAUCUCCAGAACCGUAGGCUUCGAUGUGGUGAAGUAUCUGUACGACUUCCUGUGAUCAUCUUGCGGUGGAUAUGAAGCAGGCAUCCAAUCGGACAAAACAUUACUUGGAAAUAUGGAUGUGAAAGGACUGCACAAUAAAUGAUGUUACAGGAGCUUCCUGCAUUUAUUAGUCCAGUCACAUGUCACCAUGGGAAAAUACUCACAGUUUAUACAAGAGACUCAAAGGGAGUUUUGAUGGGUUUGGUGUGUUAAUGUGUGACACAGCUUAAUAUUGGUCUAAUAAAUACUGUAUAGUUUGUUAUAAUAAUGGGUCCUGUUUACUUUUCAUACUGUAUUAUUAGUUUUUAGUGAAACUG